AUGGAUUCGAUCUGCCUGCAGUGCUCCGAGCCGGUAACCACUUUGAAUCAGCUGAAAUGCCAAGGAUUCUGCGACAGAAUCAUGCAUCUAUCGUGUUCAACGCUCACUCGUCCAAAAUUGGACAUGAUUAACGACUCAGCGAAUAUAUUCUGGCUUUGCGACAGCUGUGUGGAUUUGAUGAAAUCCUCCGCAGUGAAUGCAGCUUUUACAGCAUUGAGCGAAGCGUUCCGUUUGCUGACCGACACACAUAAAACAGCGCUUGAAGCAUUAAAGGCUGAAAUGGAGAAAACCAGAAAAUCAGUGGAAUCCGCAACGACAUUGCCUGCAACUCCCAUAUCAUGGCCCGUUCCAAAUAGAGCUGGAGGCAAACGUGCUCGCGAGAUGGAGGAUGAUAAAUUUCCUUCUAAAUCCGAUGUCCCCAGUCUAACGUGUGGCAAGAAAAAGGGUGAUGUAGCAAAGGUACCCACAAUCACUGUUCAACCCGCUACUAGUAAAUGCUGGAUUUACCUGUCGCGAAUUGCUACCACCGUUUCCGAAGCUGAGGUUGGUGCUAUGGUUAAGGAGUGCCUUUCAACGGACGAUCCGGUCGAAGUGAAGAAGUUAGUGAAAAAAGACGCAAAUUUAAGCGGGCUUAAUUUCAUUUCUUUCAAAAUUGGUGUUGACCCUCAACUUCGUGAAAUGGCUCUCAAUGCCGAUACCUGGCCGGAUGGGAUGUAUUUCCGCGAGUUCAUCGACUUUCGGCAAGAACGUAAUAAUGACGGGAAGCAUGGGUUUCGGAAAACACCUCGAUUGGGAUAA